AUGCUCGUGCUUGGGCUGUGUGCUGAUGGAUCUGCAGAGAUGACAUCAACGUCGCGUAUAUCUUCUGGUGGUGAUGAUGUGGAAGUGUACCAGUCGUUCAGUGGUGCAAAGGAAACACAAGGAUUUUAUACGAGUUCAAGUGACAUCGAGCUGGGAUAUGACGAGUUCAAUGGUGGCAACCAGGUUGUGGGCCUGAUGUUCCGUGGUCUGGAUCUACCAUCUAAGGCGACGAUCACGUCAGCCCACGUGAGCUUCACAGUGAACGAUGUUGGCUCUUGCUGCAGUGGCUCAUUCACGGUCCGAGGAAGAGUGGCCUAUGACUCUGGUCUCUUCGAUGGUCCAGACAUCAGCCGGUUGGAGUUAAACAGGAUUUGGACGUAUGAAACAGUGCCAACCCGCACGAAACACUCGCCAAUGGCGCAUUCCAGUGUUGGUUCAACCGUAGAGUACUCUGGUUUUGAAGGGCCCCUGCAAGACCUCAUGGAUUAUGGAUGGACUAGGUCUGUGCUGGUUCUCUUCGGUGAUGCAUCAUCGUCGGAGUCAUCAGAAAGCAGGGAGUAUGAAGCCUAUGACGGAAGUCCGAACCAAGCACCGCAGCUUACAGUGAAGUGGUGUACUACAACCACCACGACACUGUUAUCUCUCAGCCCAAAGCAGGCUGUUCCAUGUAACUUCGAUCGUGAGGAUGAGGGAGCAUGCCGUUGGGAUAAAGGCCAAUGGACGUGGAGGAGUGGUCCCACGCCCUCGGAAUACACCGGGCCUGUCCAGGCUGCAGCAGGCCGCGGCUACUUCUACACUGAGGCCAGCACAAACCGAGACACAACCUUCACCAUGCUCGGGCCGCAGUUUGCUGCCUUGUCAGAUUGGGAGCUGGCUUUUGAAGUAUCAACGUAUGGAGAGGAUAUUGGCAGCAUAAAAUUAGAGUACAUGGAUGAGUAUGAUUCUAGCUAUACAGUGCUUUGGACAUACGACACCAAGCUGAUAUUGGGCUACUGGAUGUCUUUUACGGUGACAGUUCCUGGCACGGCGGUGCGGCUUCGCUUUCGUGGCGUGACUGGAUCCGGGUCGAAGGGUGACAUUGGCAUUGAUGAGAUCAAAGUCAUCACUUCGUUCUGUGACGAAGUCACCUGUACUGCUCCAGCAGUCAAAAUCGACUUGGCACCGUUCCAGGCAUACACGCCAGGCAAUGAGGCGAGUUGCUGCACACAAACAGUCAUGUGCAGCAGCUUCCAAUGUCCUGCGGGCAAGUUGCCAGUACCCAACUCCGCGGUGACGGCAGGGAGCACUGAAGCAGAAUGCUGCGAUCUUGCUUGCAGUGCUUUCAGCAGAGCCAGCCAGUGCCCGACUGAUUACAUCCUCAAAGCCCAUCCCGACCGUAUUGGAGGUUCAAGCGUGGCCAGCUGCUGCGACGUCAUGUGCAGUCGCUUUUCUUGCCCAAAUUCAUACUUCAGCAUCGCUGCAGCGAGCACCACCCGUGGCAACACCCUUGCUAGCAUCCACUACGCCAGGAAGAGUGGCGCCAGCGAUCACCAGUGGUUCCACCCGGACGGAUGGGACUCCAAUUACUGUAGGGUCCCUGACCCUGCUAUUGCUUGGCUGGUUGAUGCUGCCAUGCUGAUUGAGCUUUGCCAGGCCGCCCUGAGCGCCCAGGUAGAGUUUUGA